CAAGCCCUGUCAAAGUUAUGAAUUUGCACUAAACCUUAAACUUUAGUUGAAACUUUUCCCACUGGCUAAUGCACGCUCUCUUUUGCUGGAGAAUUGUUGUUUGUGUACAGAGCACGUGCUUGUAAAGCCUACAUCAUCACCGCGCGCUGGCUCCGUACUGGACGGGGCGAUCCUUUGCAGGCGUUCGUACAGAUUACUUUUUGAUAUAGUCAGUGGUGAUACACUGUUACUUUGAGAUAUUCACUAACUGGAUUUUUAAAAAAGAUUAUCCAUGGACAUUAACAGUGCCAGCACUAUUGUUCUGCAGGCCUUGACCCAGGCCACCAGCCAGGAUACCGCUGUAUUGAAACCAGCAGAGGAACAGCUCAAGCAAUGGGAAACGCAGCCAGGCUUUUACUCUGUGCUACUGAAUAUCUUCACAAAUCACUCGCUUGAUGUAAAUGUGCGAUGGCUAGCUGUUUUAUACUUCAAGAACGGGAUUGAACGCUACUGGAGACGAGUUGCUCCACAUUCUCUUUCAGAGGAAGAGAAGUCCUCGCUGCGAGCAGGUCUUAUCACUAACUUUAACGAACCAGUGAAUCAGAUUGCAACUCAGAUUGCAGUGCUGAUAGCCAAAGUUGCCAGACUGGACUGCCCUCGCCAGUGGCCAGAACUGAUUCCCAUCCUGCUGGAGUCUGUGAAGGUCCAAGAUGGUCUCCAGCAGCACAGAGCAUUGCUGACAUUUUACCACGUAACCAAGACCCUUGCCUCUAAACGAUUAGCUGCAGACAGGAGGCUUUUUCAAGAUUUGGCAUCUGGAAUCUACAGCUUUGCUUGCUCUCUGUGGAAUCAUCACACGGACACCUUCCUACAGCAGAUCUGUGCCGGAGAUGAAGCUGCUGCCAUCAGUUCACUGGAAAGAACUUUGCUUUCUUUAAAAGUUUUACGGAAGCUUACGGUGCAUGGAUUUGUCGAGCCACAUCAGAACAUGGAGGUCAUGGGGUUCCUCAAUACAGUUUUUGAGAGACUAAAGCAGUUCUUGGAGUGCUGCAGACAAGUUGGCCCAGACAGCAACUGCAGAGAAAAGCUAGAGAAGACCAUUUUACUAUAUACAAAAGUUCUUUUAGACUUUUUGGAGUAUCACCCAUACCCUUUCACCUCCCUGAUUCAACGUUCUCUGGAGUUUGCUGUCAGCUAUGUGUUCACGGAGGCUGGCACGGGAAUUACAUUUGAGCGGUUCAUAGUCCAGUGCUUGAACCUCAUUAAGAUGAUUGUGAAAAAUGAUGCCUACAAGCCUGCAAAGAACAUUGAAGAUAGCAAGCCAGAAACUCUUGAAGCUCACAAGAUAAAAACAGCAUUCUUCACCUACCCAACGCUGACUGAGAUUUGUAGAAGACUGGUGUCUCACUUCUUCUUGUUAACAGAAGAGGAGCUCACAAUGUGGGAGGAGGACCCUGAAAGUUUCGCAGUGGAAGAGACAGGUGGGGACUCCUGGAAGUAUAGUCUUAGGCCUAGUACAGAAGUUCUGUUUUUGGACAUUUUCCACAAUUAUAGUCAGACGCUGACUCCUGUUCUUUUAGAGAUGGUUCAAAAUUUGCAUGGACCGACUAAUGUGGAGGAUUCUGCUCAUCUGCUGAUCAAAGAUGCUGUUUAUAAUGCAGUGGGACUGGCAGCUUAUGAACUGUUUGACAAUGUGGACUUCGAUCAGUGGUUCAAGAACCAGCUUUUGGCUGAACUUCAUGUCAGUCAUAAUAGUUACAAGCUUAUCCGGCGCAGGGUGAUAUGGCUGAUUGGACAAUGGAUUUCUGUGAAAUUCAAGUCUGAAUUACGACCCUUGUUGUAUGAGGCCAUCCUUAAUCUGAUGCAGGAUCCUGAUCUGGUGGUCCGCAUCGAGACAGCAACAACAUUGAAGCUUGCUGUAGAUGAUUUUGAAUUCAGAACGGAACAGUUUUUACCAUACCUGGAGUCAAUUUUCAGCCUGCUCUUCCAGUUGCUUCAGCAGGUGACAGAGUGCGACACCAAAAUGCAUGUCCUCCAUGUGAUCUCUUGUGUCAUUGAAAGAGUUAAUGUGCAGAUCAGGCCCUAUGUAGAGUGUUUGGUGCAGUACCUGCCUCUCCUUUGGAAACAGUCAGAUGAACACAAUAUGCUGCGUUGUGCCAUCCUCACAACACUCAUUCAUCUGGUUCAGGGUUUAGGAGCAGAAAGCAAGAACCUUUAUCCAUUCCUCUUACCAGUUAUUCAGCUGAGCACAGAUGUCACCCAGCCUCCACAUGUCUAUCUGCUAGAGGAUGGUUUAGAAUUAUGGUUAGUGACACUGGAGAACAGCCCAUCCAUCACACCCGAGCUACUGAGAAUCUUUCAGAACAUGCCUGCCCUGCUAGCAAUGAGUUCGGAAAACCUUCGGACCUGCUUCCAAAUUGUUAAUGCUUAUAUCUUCUUGUCAUCGUCUGAAUUUUUACAGAAUUAUGCUGCAGCCCUUUGCCAAUCAUUCUGUGAACUGUUGAAAGACAUAACCACUGAAGGCCAAGUCCAAGUACUAAAGGUUGUUGAAAUUGCCAUAAAAGUGAACCCUGCCCUGGGCACACACAUGUUCCAGUCACUCCUGCCUUCAGUCUUCAGAGGUGUGAUAGAUGGGGAGAGGUACCCUGUAGUUAUGUCUACUUACCUGGGUGUGAUGGGAAGAGUGUUGCUACAAAAUGGUAGCUUUUUUUCUUCACUUCUCACACAGAUGGCAGUGGAGUUCCAUCAAGAGAUGGAUCAGCUCUUGGGCAGCUUGAUUGAGAUGUGGGUGGACCGAAUGGACAACAUUACGCAGCCAGAAAGAAGAAAGCUUUCAGCUUUGGCAUUGCUCUCACUGCUUCCCUCGGACAACAGCGUCAUCCAAGAUAAAUUCUGUGGAAUCAUUAAUAUUUCUGUAGAGGCGUUGCAUGAUGUAAUGACAGAAGACCCAGAAACAAGAACCUUUAAAGACUGUAUGCUAAUGUCUCACUUUGAGGAGCCCAAACUAACAGAGGAUGAGGAGCCUCCCACAGAACAGGAUAAGAGGAAAAAAAUGCUUGCACUGAAGGAUCCAGUACACAGCGUGCCGUUACAGCAGUUUGUCUACGAGAAACUAAAAGCCCAGCAAGGACUAAUUGGAGACCAGAGCUUCCAAACCCUUAUGGAAACCGUGGACACAGAAAUUGUCAAGCAGCUGCAAGAGUUUCUGCAAGGCCUGUGAAGAAGGAAAAAUAGUCCAGAUUCAGACAAAGAAAAGGAAAACCCGUGUUAUAGAGCUGAACAUUACCAGUGCUUCCAUUAAACCCUUCAGUUUGCUUCAUUGUUUUAGUAUGGGCAAAAGCAGGAAGUAACAAACAUACCUGACACCCAAGCAGGCACUUUGGACUGUGCAAGUUUUGAAUUGCAGCACCAUGCAGUGUUUACAGAUAUAUUCUUUAAAAAAAAAAAAGGGGGGGGGGGGAGUGUACUUUUGUAUUUAUAUAAAGAAUUAACAUUUAGCAUGAAGUAUAGCAUAUUGCUUACAGAGAUCUAUUAUAAAACAGAUUGGCUUCAAAACUGAAGAAGUCUUGAAAUGUUUUCUAUUUUUGCAUUGUCAGGCUAUCAGUCCAAAACAGACAAAGUUGUUGCAUUUGCUGGCUGCAUACUGUGCCUGGUUUAAUAGGUUUAAUUAGCAAAGUAAUAUCAAGAGGUUUAAUUGGCAAAGUAACAUAAAGAAAGGACAGACGCAGCUUCCCUUGCACUCAGCCAUCUGUGAGGAUCGACUUGAGCACUAAAACCAAAGUUCCAUUAUUACAGAAGUGUUCUUGGAAUUGAGAAGUUUGAGGAUGUGUUGCCAUUAUAGAAAUAGAUCGUAAACUGAAGCGCUGGUUCACACAAAGGGAAUGAUUAUAGUUUACUAUUUUUUUUUUUUUUAAUACAACAUAAUUGACAAAUUCUUGCAUUCAGCAAAAAGUAUUUACUGCUAUUUGAGUUGCAGAGAUUAUGACAGUCAGCCUUAUUCAUGAAAGUUAUUUAGGCUUUUAGUUUACAGUUUUAAAAUUAACUAUUUAAUGUGGUGAUUUUAUUGUAGAAAGUAAAAAAAAUAAUACUCAACUAUAGAAUCCCUGCUAGUGUCUUAUUUGUUUUUUUUCUUCUUAUUUUUUAAAAUCUGUAAACCAGAACCUCAUUACAAAUUAUACAAUGGACUACAUUUUUUUUUCAGGUUAAAUUAAAGUAAAAACAAAAAAAGAUUAAACAAACAGCAGUACAUGUUUAAAUGGUGGUCUGUACUUUGAACUGAUGUGAAUGUUUAGUAUGUAUAUGUUUUUAAACGUAAAUCUAGCAGUGAACUUGGAAGCGAUAUAUCUUGUUAUAUGUAAACCACAUUUGAAAAUAAUCUGGGCAUUCUGAGUUGAGUGAUUGUCUGAUAAUUGAGUCCCAUGAACGCUGGUGCUUGCAGGCUGUUAACACCAGUGAGAGAUGAAUCCUGUCUGGAGACGGGACAUGGACAAGGCUCAGUCGAGUCAGACUUCAGCUGUAGCAAACUGGUGCAACUCCAGCUUUCAGCUUAUCCCACCUUUCAACCGUGAUAAAAGUACAAGACUAUCCCCUUUUUUAUGUAACAAUAUUUAACAGUGAUGACAAACCCUGUUGUCAACCAUGGCUGAAUAAAGUGAAAUGAUA